UGUACACACAGAGCGGUCUGACAGUUCUGUCUCUGCUGAAUGAACUGUCCCGCUUACUGAUCACUUUUAUUUAUUUGUGCUUUUUUUGCGGAGGGGACAGCGGCAGGAUGAGGGUGGUCGCGCUCAUAAGUGGGGGCAAGGACAGCUGCUACAACAUGAUGCAGUGCGCGGAGGCCGGACAUCAGCUGGUGGCUCUGGCCAACCUGCGCCCCCAAAACACAGACGAGUUGGACAGUUACAUGUACCAGACGGUGGGACAUCAGGCCAUAGAGCUGUACGCAGAGGCCAUGGACCUGCCUCUGUACCGCCGCACCAUCCAGGGCUCCAGCCUGGACACCGGCCGCGACUACAGCCACACCCCAGGGGACGAGGUGGAGGACCUGUAUGAACUGCUCCGACUGGUCCAGGAGAAGGAGCGCGUGGAGGCGGUGUCUGUCGGGGCCAUCCUGUCGGACUACCAGAGGGUCCGGGUGGAGAACGUAUGUACGCGGCUUGGCUUGCAGCCCCUGGCCUACCUGUGGAGGAGGGACCAGGGCGAGCUGCUGUCCCAGAUGGUAUCGGCUGACCUCCACGCCAUCCUCAUCAAAGUGGCAGCAGUGGGUUUGGAUCCAGAGAAGCACUUGGGGAAAUCUCUGGCCCAAAUGCAGCCGUAUCUCCACCAGCUCUCGAAGAAGUACGGCGUCCAUAUUUGCGGCGAGGGGGGCGAGUACGAGACCUUCACCCUGGACUGCCCGCUGUUUAGAAGGAGGAUCGUCAUUGACGAGAUGGAGACGGUGAUCCACUCGGCCGACGCCUUUGCUCCGGUCGGGUACCUGCGCUUCACCAAAAUGCACACGGAGGAUAAAGACGAGAACAGCGUGGCCAGCGUUUUGCCCCGUGGUGCUUGUCCUUGCCGGAGCUUCAUUGACAGGAUGACGGAGGAGGAGGAAUGCGCUGAUCAAGCCCAAGACGAGCCCCCGGAAUCUCCAUCAGCGGGUGACCCCAGCUGUCAGAGGGGCCGCGAUGUUUCUCCCUCCUGGUCCCAGAGGAGUCCCUCAGGGUUCCAGUGGGUUGGAGGCAUCAGUGGUCUCCAGUGUGACGAGCAGGACGUCCAGAAGCAAACAUCUGCCGCCUUCAGCCAACUGCAGAGUGAGCUGGAGAGUAAAGGCUGGCACAUGAGAGACAUAGUUCUGGUCCAUCUGUACGUGAAGAACAUGGAGGACUUCGCACAGAUCAACACUGUGUACAAGAAGCACUUUGGACUGAACCCACCAGCCAGAGUGUGUCUGCAGGCCCCUCUCCCGCCCGCUCAGCUGCUGCAGAUGGACUGUCUGCUCCACGCCUGGGCCCCGUCUCCAGCGGCUCCUGCGGUGGAGGACGAGGGCUGUGACCGGCGUCGAGAGGCCCUGCACGUCCAGAGCCUGUCCCACUGGGCCCCCGCCAACAUCGGGCCCUACAGCCAGGCCUACAGGGUGAACGAGGUCGUGUUCUGUGCGGGUCAGAUCGCCCUGGUCCCCUGCACCAUGGAGCUGCUCGGGGCUGGGACCAGAGCACAGGCCCGCCUCUGCUUCACUCACGUCGGGCAGGUCCUCCAGGCCGCGCUCCCCGGUCUGUCCCUGUGCCACGUCCUCCAGGCCCACUGCUACACCACCAGGCCCCGAGACGCUCAGCUCAUCAGGGAGGUGUGGAGCGACAUGCUGGAGGCUGCACGCGGAGACCAGGACAUUUCAGUUGGCCCUGACCCUGUCCCCUGCCCCCUGUCCGUCCUGGCCGUCCCUGCGCUACCCAGAGGCGCGUCGGUGGAACUGCACGUCACCGCGGUCCAGGACGAGCCCGACCAGAGGAGUUCCCGUCGCAGGACUACAAAGAUGGCGUCCGGAGGGUCCAUAGAGUGCCGCGGCGUGAGGUCUGCCGAUGGGAAACGCGGUUCUCUGAGCGUGUCCGUGUGCGGGGCGGGCGCAGAGGCGGCGGAGGUGGAGGACGCGCUGGAGAAGUUCGGAGGAGCCUUCAGAGGAGCGAUGGAGGAGAUGGGAGCAGAGCUGGUUCCUCUGUGCGCGAGAGUGUUCUACAGACCGGACAGUCCGCUGGCCAUGGAGAUACUGAAAGGACUUGAAGACACAUUGUCCACUAGUUUGGGACAGUCCUCUCCAGCGCUGUCCCCAGUCCCCGUCCUGGAGCUGAGUGAGUCCCGGGUCCUGCUCCUGUCCUGCUGGUUGUCCUCUUAGACCUGCUCCAGUCCACGUCUCCAAACAGGACGCUUUAACAUGGAACUAUGGGACAUUUUAGGAGAGAGGAAAACACAAAAGACUCUCAACUCACUGAUAAGACGAAAACUACUCAACAUGUUCCCAAACGGUUUAUACAUCUGCUGUAGGAUUAUGAAUUCUAUUAGAUCCAAGUUUUUACUUAGUUACGUAGAGAAGGUUUCAUCUGUGGUCAUCUGGGAGCUGAAACGUCUUGAUCACAAAAACAGUCGAGCAAUUACACCACACCUGGAAGAAUGAAGGACUACACAAUCUCUCUUUAUUUAGUCACAUUUAUGUUAUUGUUUGGGAUAGUCUUACAUAAAGGGGAAAAUAAAAUAAAAGAUUUUUGUAUGAAACAGUA